AUGUCGAGUGGUGGCGCGAAGGCAGUGAGUGAUGCGGCGGCGGCGGCUGAAAAAAAUGGUCGUUUGUUUGUAUCAAGUUUCGAACAGCCUUUGAAGGUCCAGCAUGUGAAAAAAAAGAAAGAUGAGCUGGAGAUGUGCGGCCGUAAUGGUUCCAUCGAUUGCAGCCUCGAUGAACCAACAAACUUUUUCGUCAUCGAAAACGUUGGGUUUGAUCCCACAGAAGUGCGGCUACGCAGAGUACGUCAGUACAAUCCGAGCCACCAUCGUCCCCUCUGUCUCAAGUGGGGCAAGCUGCUGCAGGUAAAGCUGGUCAGACCGAUGGACGCGGAUGCACUGCCGCCAGAUGGGCAGUUCGUAUUCCAUGUAAAGCUGGUCAGACCGAUGGACGCAGAUGCACUGCCGCCUGAUGGGCAGUUCGUAUUCCAUGUAACAGCGAAUUACCGAAUGUGCCAUAAUGCAAUUCGGAAAGAAGAAUUUGAAAUCGCACUUGCAAACCAUGCCAGCGGCGCAAAGCCAAUUGGCGAAGUUAUGGUAAACGAAUUGUUAGUUUUUGUUCCGAAUAAACUGAAUCAGUCACCAUUGCGAUGCCGCGUACUGAAAAAGUUGGAUGGUGAUGACGUGCGAGUUUAUGCCGUAGAUGUUGGUCGUACGUUUAUCGCUAAAAUCUUCGAACUCAGAGAAAUCAGUGAUGAUUUGGCAUCGAUGCCAUUUCGAGUGAGUCUUUGCACAAUUUCAGGGUAG